GUCAGGAAACUUUUAGUUUAUGUUUCAUUCAAUUGGCAAAGUCUCGGACUUUGCAACAAAAACUGUUCAAGGCUUUAUAAAGUACAACCGGCCGUAAGGACAAGUGAUCACAUUAAAUUCUUAGGUUUCAGGAGGAUAUUUUCAGUUUUGAUUUUAUAAACAUAUAUUGAUAAACAAAUUUUACAAGAUGGCGGAAGGCAACUGGUCGCGUUUCACCGCGGCGGAGGGCGGGGCUCGGCUGGCGGCCGCAGCCCGCACCCGCAACACCAUAGCGGCCGAGCUGGCGGCGUUCACCGCCACGCGGCUGCUGCAUGAAGAGGCGCACGGGAUCAGGGGACCAUUCUCAGCCGGGAAGCAGCGCUCCAUCUUCGUGACCCGUGCCUCUCGGGUCCCUUGUGCGGCGUACGAGCUCCGAAUCCUGACUGACCUCGCGGUUGCCAGUGCGAGUGUUUAUGGAGAUAUUGAGGAUUGGACGCAGGAGGUCGAGGUCAAGGAGGUGAUAGUGUGCACUUCCACCGUGUUCCGCCAACUGCUUGAAGACGGCAUCAUCACCAUGACCAGGGUGAACGUGCUGGUCGUUGACAGCUGUCACCUCGUGCACACCGACGAGGACUUGCAAACAAUAAUGGACCUCUACAAGUCGAGUCCAUCUCAGCCGAGGGUCCUGGGGCUGACCUACCCGCUCUUCCCCGCCAAGAGGUCGGACCCUGAUGCAGAGAACACGCCUGAUGAAAAGGAGGAAUCAUGUGCCAAACAAAUUACCGAAGGCAGCUUACAAGAGUUCGGCGUGUGUGAGAACGUGGAUGACUUCGAGAUGUACAGCAAGCUGGAGUGGAACAUCCGGAGGCUGGAGGAGAGGCUGUGCAGCCAGAUGGAUCUGGCCGAGGAUAUGGACGGCGGGAAAAGGUUCACCGGCGCCCCCUGUAAGCCCAAAGAGCUGAUAGUGGAAUACGCCGUAAGCCGACCAGUCUGCAGCGACUAUGAGGAGUUGGAGAACUUCAUGAGGACCGCCGUCAACGAUGUGACGGAGUUCUUGGAGGAGCACAGAUACGACCCCACGGAGAUCUACGGCGAAGAUUUAUACGAGGAAUUCAUGAAUAUUCCGAACCCGACUAUUGACCCGAAGCUGAUUUUCAAACAGUUUCUGUACGUUUUGGACGAGCUGGGUCCAUAUGGCGCAGACAAAGCGGCAUUUUCCCUGCUAACUAAAUUAGAAAAACUCAAAAUCAAAGUUCCAUACGAGAGACAUUUUCUGUUACUCUGUCUAUGUACUACGGUGUUAGUCAAAAUCCGGUGCUACUCUGAUCUAAUGUUCUCUAAAUACUCUGAGUUAGAUAGAAUUACCACUUUUUCAACAGCAAAAGUACUGAGGUUUAUUGAAAUAUUAGCUCAAUUUGAAAAUAAUUACAGUGAAAAUGAUAAAUCUGAUGAAAAAGCUGUAACAGAUAAAAAUGAAAUUAAUAACGAUGAAAAUCAAAGUGAAAAGACAGAUAGUGUGACUAAAGAUGAUAUUAACGAUAAAGUUACUUUAAAUGGCUAUAAAACAUUAAAUAGUAAUGAAAUUCACGUAGAAAAAGAAAACGAUAAUAAAAAUUUGACGAAAAAGAUGUUAGAUGAUAUAGAAAAAUGCGAUUUUGUAGCACUAAGCAAUAAAAUAGAGGAUAAAGUUAACACUUAUGAGGCUAACUUAAAAGAAAUACACGAUUUAAGUAUAGAUUUAAAUAAACUUGAUGUAAAAAAAGAAUCUAACACCAAAACUGAAAUAACUGAAGUUAAAGCGACUGAAAUGGAGCUUACGGACCCCCGGUCGCUCCUGUUUCCAAGGCGGAUGCAUAGGGUCCGGGGUCGAGGCCGGGUUCAAAGGAAUGUGGUACGAAACCAGCAGGCCCAGAUGAACCCUGACGCGUUGUGUGGCAUCGUGUUCAUGAAUGAACCUAUUAUGGCGAAGAUCAUGUUCCUGGUUGUUGUGGAUCUGUCCCGGUUCGAACCCCGUCUGUCCGGUGUGAGCGCGCAGUAUGUAGCGAGCGGUGGUGCCGCGGACACCACGGAGCUGAGGAGACAUGCGCGUGCACGCGAAGAUGCGCUGAAAAAGUUCCGUAUGCACGACUGUAACCUGCUGCUGGCCACGUCAGCUUUAGAGGAGGGCAUCGACCUGCCGCGCUGCAACCUGGUGCUCCGCUGGGACGUGCCGGCCUCGUAUCGGUCUCACGGGCUGUGCCGCGGGCGUGCGCGCGCGCCGCGCGCCGCGUGCGCGCUGCUGGCCGGCGCGGGGCGCGCGCGCGCGCUGCUGCGGCACGUCGCCGUCUACCGCGAGCUGGACCAGAUCAUAAGCCGCAAAUGCGGCUGUGGAAUCCAGGACGAGCCGCCACAGCAAGAAGAAGAUCACGCAGAUGCCUUCACUGCGCUCGUGAUUCCCUAUUCUCCCUCGUGUAAUAAAAAGAGGAGUAGUGUGGAUAAAGAGUGUUGUGGUGAGGAGGCCAAGAAAGAGGAUAUUGCUAGUGUGGAUCUUAGUUCAGCUAUAGCGUUGAUAAAUAGAUACUGCGGGAAACUCCCCUCCGACACCUUCACCCGCCUCGCGCCCUCUUACCGCACCGAACGAGUCCACAUACGAUCUGCCUCGGGCGUGCAGCCAGCAUGGGUGUGCACACUACGACUGCCGCUCAACUGCCCCGUCAAGUACAACAUCGUGGGUCACCCAAUGCCUACCCGAGUGCUGGCGCGAAGAAUGGCAGCGUUGCAAGCUUGUAGGAUACUGCACAAGUCUGGGGAGCUCGACGACCAUCUUAUGCCUAUAGGCAAGGAGAACUUCAAGGCGGGCGAGCUAGAAGCCUGCGCCGAGGCCGAUGCUAGGCCUGGCACAACGAAGAGAAGGCAAUACUAUUAUAAAAGGACAGCUAGAGCCUUCACGAACUGCGAGCCCAUCGUGGACACGACGGACGAGCAGCUGGCAGAAGAGGCAGACGGACAGACGGAGCCUAUUAUCAGUAACAACGUGCUAUACGCGAUUUCUUGCACACUCUGGUGCGCUCUACCCGAACGAUACAACACUCGAGGACGAAGGCUCCACGCCCCACAGCUAGCGAAACAAGCAUGCGGUGUGCUCAUGCGCGUGCAGCAACCUGACAGAUUGCAAAUUCCAUCGUUCCCGGUGUACACGCGUUCUGGCGAGGUGCGUGUGACCGUGGCCCCCGCCGCUCAUGCCGACACGAGACUCAGCCCGCGUAGGAAGCAACUGAUCACGAGGUUCAUGCGUUUCGUGUUCGCGGAUGUGUUGCGCGUGCGUCGCCGCGGCAUGACGCUGGAGCCGGAAGCCUGCACACACAACAACUACUACGUCGUGCCUACUGUUAAAGUAAACAACCCAGACGGCAGCACCAAAGUGGACAUCGACUGGAAGUUCCUGGAGCAAAUAUACCAGUACACGGAAGAGAAGGCACACGAUGAGCUGGAGAAGCCUGUGCUAUGGACGGAAGAAGGCAGGAGGGACGAAGAAAAACGGCCCGGGGAAGGCGAAGUAUGGGCGAGGAAGGACGAUGGAACUAAAUCCGAACACCAGGACAAGAGGAAAGUUAAGAAGAUGGACAACCCACUGCUGAAGCCGGGCGAGAUCUUCGUGUUUGACCCUGAAAAAUACAGAGAGGCUGUUGUCACCCCGUGGUACAGAAAUCAGGAUCAACCUCAGUUCUUCCUAGUAGCCGAAAUAUGCUCCAACCUGACCCCGGACUCCGAGUUCCCGUCCGACACGCACACAAGCUUCCGAGAUUACUACAAUAGCAAAUAUGGAGUUACACUCACACAGCCGAACCAGCCUCUGUUAGACGUGGACCACACCAGUGCCCGGCUCAAUCUGCUCACGCCCAGAUACGUGAACCGCAAAGGCGUAGCCCUACCCGUCUCCUCAGAGCGCACUCGGCGCGCCAAACGCGACCGACUAGACCAGAAGCAGAUAUUAGUACCGGAACUGUGCACCGUGCACCCCUUCGCGGCGCCACUGUGGUUCGCCACCGUCGCUUUACCUUGCGUACUUUAUAGAAUCAACGCACUACUAAUAGCAGACGAAAUACGUCGCGGCGUAGCGGCAGGCGUGGCGCUAGGGGUCCCAAGGGUCGGACCCGGGUUCCAAUGGCCCCCGCUUGACUUUGGAUGGAGCCUGGCCGAGGUGCUGAGCGCUGACUCUGAGAAGAACGAGAAGAGGAAAGAAAACGAAGAGGAACCGAAAGAUGAAGACGAGAUGGAGUUGGAGAAGGAGAGAGAACACGAGGAGAAGAAAGAGACGGAAGAACCUAAGGAAAAAACGCUAAACGAUAUUUUGCAGGAGAAGGAGGAUGCCGAGAGCGGUUUCGAAAUCGGCACUUGGGACAACAACAUGGCGUCCUCCAUCCCGGAGCCGGCCGAGUUCGACGAGUUUCUAGAACCGCUGCCUCCCAACCUGACCUUCUGCACUUCCGCCUCCGGUGGUGCGAACUGGUGCGACCCUGUUCAGAAGCCGAAGAGCCAGUUCAACCCUUCGCGGACAUUCUCCAUGGCGGACAGCGAUUGCUCCUACAUGUCGAGUGACUUCGACACGGACGAUUCAGAUCUGAACUCUGAAGAUAGCGACGACACAGACACAAGCGGGUUCUGUAGCAGUAGAAGCAAUGCGGCAAUGGGCGUCCGAAUAGAAUACAAGACGGCUCACGAAGCGGAGGCGGUGGACGUGGAGCGGCGCGCCGCGCGGCCCGCGCCGCAGCCGGACCGCGGCGACGACGCGCGCGACGCGGCCGCGCACGCGCGGGCCAUGCGCGCUGGCGACGCGCCCACACAGUGCCUACAACAGUUCCAACAAUCAGUCGCCGAACACGAACAAGAAAUCAUCCAAAAAGGCCUCCUUAUACACCAAGAUCAACCAAUCACAGACAUCCUACCCGACCCAUUUAAGGAUAGCCGAAAAUCCGAACCCAUACCACACGACGAAGUAAAAACAAGAUUCGAACAACUCUUCCCAUAUAAAAACGACUUUUUAAACAUCGAAAAUGGACCAAUAACCUUAGAAGCGAUCGAGAAAAACAAACGAUCGUUACUGGCUGAAUUUAAAAAUAGUUUAUCAGAGGAAGAAAUGAAAAAAUACACUUGUUUCUCUAUGAUAGACGUUGAUAUGGAUUCACCAGAGUAUAAGAAUGAGAAAGUAUCGAAUAUAGGUUUUGAUACAAUGGAGAGUUAUGCAGAGAAAGUGAAGCGUGUCGGUGAGAGGGAAUUCAAACCGUAUUAUGAGGAUAGUAAGGGGCAGAAUGGGAAGGAGUUUGACUUUGAUUUUCAACCGAGUUUGGAGGGGCACCCGGGGCCGAGUCCAAGUGUUAUUUUACAGGCGCUGACGAUGUCGAACGCUAACGAUGGCAUCAACCUUGAACGGCUGGAAACCAUCGGAGACAGUUUCCUAAAGUUCGCCAUCACGGCUUACCUGUACUGCGCGCACCCUACUGUGCAUGAGGGGAAACUCAGCCAUAUGCGGAGUAAGCAGGUGUCAAAUUUGAACCUGUACCGACUGGGUCUACGCAAGCGUCUCGGCGCGCGAAUGAUCGCGUCCAAGUUCGAACCCCACGACAACUGGCUGCCGCCCUGCCACAAAGCCCCUCCGGCUGCCCACGCGCCUGUGGACUCGGAGGGCGGGCAGGAGGCGCCCCCCGCCGGCUGUUUCAUCCCCUAUAAUCUCAUCACGCAGCACAGCAUCCCAGACAAAUCGAUAGCGGACUGCGUGGAAGCCCUAAUCGGAGCCUACUUGUUAGAGUGUGGUCCCCGCGGAGCCCUACUGUUCAUGGCGUGGCUCGGGAUCCGGGUGCUGCCGCGGCAUGACGUGCCCGUCACCGACCACGGCACCGUCAAGAAGUUAGAUGAUUGGCAGAAGAAACAGUCAGCCCGCAUAACACAUAGAGAGUCAGACUCAGAGUCAUCAGACGAAGAUGAUGAUGAACUUCCUCGGCCUGUCGGCUCGUUGGCGCCCUACAAAGAGAAUAAUCAGUGGUUUCUGCCGAUGUUUGGAGCGCUGCGGGCGCCGCCCUCACCGUUACUUCGCUACAUCGCCGACCCCGAGGGCGAGCUUGAGCAGAUGUUGUCCGGCUACGAUGCAUUGGAGCGGACUCUUCAGUACCGGUUUAAAGACCGCUCGCUCCUACUGCAAGCGCUCACACACGCCUCACACCAGAGGAACCGGCUUACAGACUGUUACCAGAGGCUUGAGUUCCUCGGUGACGCCAUUUUGGACUACCUAAUAACGCGGCAUCUAUACGAGGAUCCUCGCCGGCACUCGCCUGGAGCCCUAACUGACCUCCGCUCGGCGCUGGUCAACAACACCAUCUUCGCCACCCUCGCGGCCAGACACGGCUUUCACAAGUACUUCCGCCAUAUGUCCCCCGGUCUGAACGAGGUGCUAACUCGCUACGUGAGGAUACAAGAAGAAAACGGACAUUCCAUCAGCGAGGAGCACUACCUGAUUCACGAGGACGAGCUGGAGCAAGCAGAAGACGUGGAGGUCCCCAAGGCUCUGGGAGACCUUUUCGAGUCCAUAGCCGGCGCCAUAUUUUUAGACUCCGGCAUGUCGCUAGCGGCGGUGUGGGGCUCGUACGAGCAGCUGAUGGGGGCCGAGCUGGAGGCCUUCUCGGCCGCCGCCCCCAAGUCCCCCGUCCGGGAGCUUCUAGAAGCCGAACCCGACACGGCUAAGUUCGGGAAACCAGAGCGCCUUGCUGACGGAAGACGUGUUCGUGUCUGCGUAGAGGUAUUCGGUCGAGGAGCUUUCAAGGGCGUCGGACGAAACUACCGGAUCGCCAAGGGCACAGCUGCCAGGUGCGCCCUUAGGCACCUUAAGAGGCAUAAACAGCAUUGAAAUUUGUAUUCAGAAGCCUUCGAGGCAAAAAACCUAGCUCUUAACCAGAAACCUAUGCAAUUAAAACUGCACGAAGCCAAUGCGCUUGACGAGGAACUGAAGCCUAUGGAGGAACCUGGUCUUCAACAGGAAGUGAUGUCACGAUCGUCAGCAUUGAGGGAACGACUGAUGAGAAGAACCGGAAACUACUGAAUCGCUAAGGGCAUAGCUGCUAGAUGUGCCUUAAGACAUCUUAACAGACAUAAACUGCAUUGAAACUUGUUUUAAGACAACGCAGAAGACUUCAGGGUAUUGAAACCAGAAAAACCGCCAAGAAAACCCAUUAAUUUUUCCGUGGAUUAACUCCGCCAUUUGUAUUUACUUUUAUUGUGCAAUAUCGCGAAUAUCUGACAGGCCGAUAUCGUCCGGCGAACUGGUAAUAAGUGGACCCCUUAAAACACGCUGAAGAUAUAAAGGCUAUUCACACACUAAGACCUAUGCUGUAAAAUAAAACCGAAGAAACAUAAUACGUCCUCAUUAUGUUGUACUUGUCUUUAAAAAAAGCGGCCAAGUGCGAGUCGGACUCGCCCAUGAAGGGUUCCGUACCAUUUAUGACGUAUUAAAAAAACUACUUACUAGAUCUGGUUCAAACCAAUUUUCGUUGGAAGUUUGCAUGGUAAUGUAAAUCAUAUAUUUUUUUUAGAUUUUUCAUUCCGUUAUUUUAGAAGUUACGGGGGGGGGGGGGGACACACUUUUUUUUCACUUUGGAAGUGUCUCUCGCGCAAACUAUUCAGUUUAGAAAAAAAUGAUAUUAGAAACCUAAAUAUCAUUUUUGAAGACCUAUCCUUAGAUACCCCACACGUAUGGGUUUGAUGAAAAAAAAUUUUUGUUUUAAUUUUUAUGACGUAUUAAAAAAAUACUACUUACUAGAUCUCGUUCGAACCAAUUUUCGGUGGAAGUUUGCAUGGCAAUGUAUAUCAUAUUUUUUUUUUAGAUUUUUUAUUCUGUUAUUUUAGAAGUUACGGGGGGGGGGGGACACUUUUUACCACUUUGGAAGUGUCUCUCGCGCAAACUAUUCAGUUUAGAAAAAAAUGAUAUUAGAAACCUCAAUAUCAUUUUUAAAGACCUAUCCAUAGAUACCCCACACGUAUGGGUUUGAUGAAAAAAGAUUUUUUGAGUUUCAGUUCUAAGUAUGGGGAACCCCCAAAAUUUAUUGUUUUUUUUCUAUUUUUGUGUAAACAUCAUAAUGCGGUUCAUAGAAUACAUCUACUUACCAAGUUUGAACAGUAUAGCUUUUAUAGUUUUGGAAAAAAGUGGCUGUGACAGAAUCGGACAGACAGACGGACAUGACGAAUCUAUAAGGGUGUUUUUUGCCAUUUGGCUACGGAACCCUAAAAACAUGCAGUAGGGUGUCCCUUAUUGCAGGGAUCGGAACCGGUUUUUUGGAAAAACUUGGAAAUAGACAUAUAUUUCGGUUUAUUUUAUACUCCAAAUAUAGGGCUCGGUUGUGUUUUUAGAUAACGACUAGUAUUAUUAGAUUGCCCAAUUAGAAAUGAAAUAAUUAACAAAGAACGAAAAAAUACCGUUUUCGUUCCCAUACAAAAAAUACCGGUUUCCGAUCCCUGCCUUAUUGUACAAUUUUCAGAAAUUAUUAACGGAUACCCCCUAAAUCGGUAUCUUUUAUCCUACAACACUCUAAAAAUUAAUUUCAGGUAAUUCUUGCAAUUCCCGUGCCGACUGUCAUGCUAUUCUCGCAUACAAUUAAUGAAAAUUACAGAUAUUUUUUUUUUAUUAUUGUGUCAUAUCGACCUUUUAUAAUACUGCCAUAAAAACAUAAUUUUACAAAAAAUUCGCGGUGCGAACACAAAACCAAUGAAAAAUUAUCAAAUUACUGUCUGACCAAAUUUCUCCAUAGUAAUUUGUAUGGGGAUUUUAGUUGCAAAUGGACACGGGCUCCUGUACACAAAAAUGUCCUGAAUUUCUGUUUCAGGGUGUUUUGGAGUAGUAUCUUUUAGACGACCGGCUUGGCCUAGUGGGCAGUGACCCUGCUUACGAAGCUGAUGGUCCCGGGUUCAAAUCCUGGUAAGGGCAUGUAUUCGUGUGAUGAGCAUGGAUAUUUGUUCCUGAGUCAUGGGUGUUUUCUAUGUAUUUAAGUAUUUAUAAAUAUUUAUAUAUUAUAUAUAUCGUUGUCUAAGUACCCUCAACACAAGCCUUAUUGAGCUUACUGUGGGACUUAGUCAAUUUGUGUAAUAAUGUCCUAUAAUAUUUAUUUAUUAUUUAUUUAUCUUUAUAUUUAUGGGGUAUGCGUAGUUAAUUUUAAAAAUCGUAAAUAAGGGACACUAACAUGCAGACAUAAUUUUUAUCUGUGACUCAGCGACUUCGCUCGCGAAUGCGUUCUCAGUGUGUGUAUCUCCUAAUCCACCGACAACCUACAAUUUCAGAUGAGCAAGUUUCGAAGUUUCCAAAAAGUUGGAAAUGUACAUUUUUAUUCAGAGUGUUUAUUUGGUCACUUGCAAUAAUUUACGGACUGAAUAUAUAGGUCAUACUGAGCAUCUUUUACUAUGGGAGUUAUGGGACCAACCCGGAAAUUGCGAAUAAAAUUUACUCUCCCAUAGAUAAUGUCAAGGUCAGACAGCCAAAAUGUAUGAAACAGACAAUUUUUUUUUCGCGACUUCGGUGUUGUACCCAUAGUAAAAGUUGCUCAGUAUGACCUAUAUAUUCACCCCGUAAAUUAUUGCAGGUGACUAAAUAAACGCCCUGUAUGAAACAAAAGAAAGGUUUCAUUUCUGAAAAGGGAUAUUUCAAUCCCGGUAAAUAUUUCCAUGUAGAUAUUUCGCAAGUUUGAAAACUUUCCGUGGGAAUAUUAUUCUCAAAGUAUUCGAUUGAAUAUAUAUUAUGAUUGUAACUUUUAUAAAUAAUGCUGUAACUAAUUUUUGUAACGUGUGCGUUUAUAUGAAUAUGAAUUGUAAAUAAAUUGUGUUUGUGUUA